CUUGUAUCUCAAGUAGUGGUACCUAUUUUACCCGUUGUACCCCAAGAACCUCGUCCUGUAAGCUCUGGUUCAACAACUCCUCCAGUACCAUUACCAAAAAAAUCUAAAAGGAAAUCAUUAUGUAGAAAGAACACAGUCAAUAUGAAUACAUACAUAAAUGGAUGGGAUGCCAGUAAGUGGGAGCUAUCACGUGACCAACUUAGUAUCGACGAUACACCAUUAGCGAGUGGAUAUUUUGGUGAUGUGUUUAAAGCCAGACUUGAUGUUUGGACGGGAAAAGAGAAGAGUGUAAAUGUAGUGGUCAAAACUUUAAGAAAUCAGUCAUCGAACCGUGACAAGGCACAAUUUUUGAAGGAAUUGGCUACGCAUGCGCUAAUAGAACCUCAUGUUAAUAUUGUGCGACUUAUCGGAUGUUGUACCAAAUCAGCUCCGCUUUUAAUGGUACUGGAAUACGUAGAAAAUGGGUCUUUAUCUGAUUAUUUAUUUAAUAAAGAAAUUGACGUAGAUCAGGGUCGGAAGAAUCUUGUUUGUUUUGGUCAUCAAAUCGCAGAUGGUAUGGCGUACCUCAGUGAGAUGAAGGUAGGCAUGCACAUACUAAAUACAUAG